UCAAAGAUGAUCUUCAAGAAAACAUCCUGGAUUUUCCUCUUUCAUAUUCAUAUUCACCGUCAAUACGCGUGUAUGAUUUGGCUUUGUAUAAGCCAAAGUCAAUUGUUAGAGAUGAACCAAAGCCUCCCUCAUCGAUCCCCCUCCAUCCUAUAUAUAUAAGAAAUCUAUCCAAGCAACAAACUUGGCAUUCUGGCCUGUUCUUAAUUAUUGCCAGGACAGGAGAAACAAACAAAGAUGAGGCCUCAGCUGAUACUCGUCGGCACUCUGGCUGUUCUCGCCAUCCUCGCAGCUCUCGGCGAAGGCUCGUCGUCCUGGCCGUGCUGCAACAACUGCGGUGCUUGCAACAGGAAGCAGCCGCCUGAGUGCCAGUGCAAUGACGUGUCGGUGAACGGGUGCCAUCCGGAGUGCAUGAACUGCGUCAAGGUCGGUGCAGGAAUUCGUCCCGGCAUGGGCCCCGGCCCCGUCGUCACCUACCGCUGUGAUGACGUUCUCACAAACUUCUGCCAGAGCAGCUGCCCGGAGGCGUAGUUGCUGGGUGGUGGUGUCUUCUUCUGACGCCAUGGGACGCCAGUACGCAACCAGUUUGCUUCUCUCCAGCUUCGUCAGACAAGAAAUAGAUAAAUAAACAAAUGUCACCGGCCGCUCUGUUCGGUGCUUGCUCUUGUUCGUCGUCAGAGAAGAAAUAGAUAAAUAAAUAAAUAAAUAAAUAAAUAGCCAUAUGCAUGUCGUCUCACGGUUACAACAGGAGUUGCCUUCGUCUAAACCAGCCUAAGGCUAUCCACACUCGUAUAUAUAACUCUAAAUUUUUACCUAUAAAAA